GUUCACGUGACGUCACGCGGCGACACUCCCUUUCCCUCAGCAGAGGGAGAAAGAUGGCGCCCACGCACGUACUGAGAUGCUGUCAACGGGGCUUAGCAUGGAUACCUGUGAUUUUUAUCGCCCUGGUCGUCUGCUGGUCGUAUUAUGCUUACGUGGUGGAGCUUUGUGUGUUCACCAUCACAAGUACGGGAGAGCAGAUCGUCUACCUGAUCUUCUUCCACCUCUCUUUCAUCAUGUUUGUGUGGUCUUACUGGAAGACCAUUUUCACCAAACCUGCCAACCCCUCCAAAGAGUUCUGCCUGCCCAAGGCUGAGAAGGAGCGUUACGAGAAGGAAGAGAGGCCAGAGUCCCAGCAAGAGAUCCUAUGGAGGGCUGCCACCAGUCUGCCUCUGUACACCCGCACAGGAGCCGGAGCAAUCCGUUACUGUGACCGCUGUCAAGUUAUCAAGCCGGACCGGUGUCAUCACUGCUCCGCAUGUGACAUGUGUGUGCUGAAGAUGGACCACCAUUGUCCCUGGGUGAACAACUGUGUGGGAUUCUCCAACUACAAGUUUUUCAUCCUCUUCCUGGCCUACUCGCUGGUGUACUGUUUGUUCAUUGCAGCCACCGUACUGCAGUAUUUCAUAAAGUUCUGGACACUUUGCCGGAGAAAAUCGGCAGAGAACUGCCCUAAGAAUGAGCUGCCAGAAAGUCACGCCAAAUUCCACGUCUUGUUCCUUUUCUUUGUGGCGGCCAUGUUCUGCAUUAGUAUUCUGUCCCUCUUCAGCUACCACUUGUGGCUUGUAGGGAAGAACAGGUCCACCAUAGAGGCGUUCAGAGCACCAGUUUUUCGGACAGGCUCUGAUAAGAACGGCUUCUCUCUGGGUUUCCGGAAGAAUAUCGCUCAGGUGUUUGGAGACCAGAAGAAGUACUGGCUGAUUCCCGUCUUCACCAGUCAGGGAGACGGUCUGACGUUCCCCACGCGACUGGUCAGCGCUGAUGUAGAGCAGGCCACAGUGACCCUGCAACCAGAGCCCAAUAAAAGUGCUGCUGACGUCCCCGAGCGCCCCCUCAGCGAGUCGCAGAAUCGCCUCCUGAGCAACGACCUGCAUGCCAACAACGUCGGAGACCAUGUGGCCAAUAACGCCCUCAAAUCGGCUGACAGUGACACCAUUACAGUCUCCUUGGAGAGCGAAUCCUAACCAGGAGAAACUCCUCAGUCAUCUAAUACGAUGCCUUAAUCAGCGCAGCAGUUUAGUUCGUCACAAUGGCAGCAGUGUCCCAGCGCAGCCUCAUCCCCACAGACCCGUUCAGAGUAACUAUGGAACUGCAUUUCUUUGCAGCACAGUAAUGCAUCUACGGCACUGGCAUUUUUCGCAUGCGGUGCAAAUCUCACAUCUACGCCCACAGGACAUUUGAUCCCAACUGGUUCGCUCUCGCACCAACGAACACACACAUGCACACAUGCUAACAGUCACACAUUCACCUCCAAGCGUGUUUCCUUGUUUCGUUUGGUUUUCUUUUUCUCGCAACUGGAGCAUUUAUUGAUGGUGAGAAAAUCAAAUUAUCCUGGAGGGACUAUGAGCUACUUUUGGCUUUCAGUAAGAAAACUUUUUUUUUCUUCUUUUGUUUGUGCCAAAAGCUUCCUGGCCACACCAGGACUACAGGCACAAAGCUGCAGUGAUGAGUGGAGGACAAGCUGGAGCAGUGUGUUUUCAUUCUCAACAUUUUUCUCUCAUCUUUGUCGAGCGGCAGGGCAUCCUGCACAGAUGGUUCAGUUCGCCUGUGUGACCAUUUUUUCCCCUUGUUCUUUUUAACUCAUAGUGUUGGAGCAUGUCUGUGGUCCUCAUCUUUUCAGAUGGAUGUUUCCCACCAAAACCCGGACUAUCUUACAGAGGACUCUUACCGCGUGGUUCAGUGGACUGGACCAGUGCAACACAGGGAAGACUGUAGCUGGGUUUUGGGUGGCGUUUUGGAUAUCAGAGCACAAGAUGGCACAUUUGCACUUUGUAGAUUAUUAAUGUCCAUCAAACAACGUGCUGCUUUUCCUUUUUUAUCGAAUCCAAAAAGCAUCCCGGGUAUAACAGAUGUUGGAGGAUCAUGUGGUUUAUGGCGUACUUUUUGUGUGUGCGUGUGUGAAUGAAUGAGUUUGAAACGGUAACAUUCACUCUAACGGGAACUACUCUAAUCGGCUUUGUCUGUCUUUGUGGCCAACUUGUUGCUAAAACAUGCUGCUGAUAAAUGGAGAGUUGCGGAGAUAUAUUUCACACAGUGCAAUGUGCCACGCCUGUCACUACCUAUUUUCUUAGUCAGUUAAUUAUAUCACAUGCCGAACAGCGAUUCCACAACAUCUACGUCCUGUUUUUCUGCAGAUUCAACCUUUAUUAAGACACCAAUGCUCAUUGCCAAAUAAGGGCUGACCUGUCAGAAGCUCUGACCUCAGAACCUGAAGUGUUUACAGCAUCCUAGCUUUAUCCUCACUGACCAAUGUCAUCACAACCAAAUUCUUUUUACUGGUCUUUGUGGUUCAAUAUUUUAUACAAGGUUCAUCUGUCCCUUCUGCCUGUAGUGGGCUAUGAUGUCCUUGCAAUACCAGAGCUCACCAGCAGGUGGCGACAGUGCACCUGUUAUUUGAACUUAACAUGUUUCUCAGGGCUCAGUUCACUUUCAGUCCAAAUUGCAGGUGCAACUUCAGAAUUAAAUGUUUUCAGAAUAAGUCGUUGAUACGCACCAUUUGCCCAUGAUAACAUCCACAUUUAAUUUGAAAUGAAAGUGAAUUGAACCCGUCUGAUCGAGUGUAAAAUGGGGGCGUCGACUGCAUCUUCUGCUCAUCUUGUCCACUCAGUGCGUACUUUGAGAGUCAGCUCAGUGUUGUGACCUUCAGCUGUUAAAGGAGCCUCAGCUUGUGUAAACUCAGCCGUGAUCUGUCUCGUAUCAGUGUUGGACAUCUUGAGCUGUGACCGUAACUCGGUGAGCUAAAUGAUAAUUAGAUUUCGUGACUCAUGCAUAUCACGAUGUGUGAAUAUCUGUGAAAGAAUGGACUCUUGUGUCAGUUUAACCAAAUAACAGCUGUUCAGGAACGAGUUAAUAUCCUGUCCCAAGGAUUUUUUUUUUGUUAUUUAUAUGCAACUUUCUGGUUCACUUUGAAAGGAAACCCAGCAAACUCCUGAUGUCUGUCAUCACUAACUGAUCACAUCUCUGACUGGACGAGUCUCCUACUAACCAGAUCCCAGCAGACUCCGGUGGCGAACAUGUUUACAGCUGUUUUUAUCGUGUAGAAAGAGUUAGUGGUGUUGUGCGGUGUGUUUAUGGUAAUUGUUGUUGUGCUGGAUGUACCACAGACGGAGACAGUGAGAGCGUUCGAUCAAAUGAGGGAGCACUAAAAGCAGCUCACCCUCUGGACUUUAUGUUUACGUGCUAACCUUCCAAUCAUGUUCGACCUUAUUGAACCUAAGUGUAUUUAUCACUCUUUACAAACAGGUGAUUGGAGGACAACUGUAUGGCUUCUGCUCACGGUGGAUGAGUUUCUCUGUCUGGCAGAUUAAAUUACUGUCUGCAGUCACGAUCCAGGCCAAGGUUGUGGUCGGAUGAGGUCGAUCUUAUCCAAAUCUCACACUGAAAAUGUUUCGUUAAAGAACAAAGACAAAAACUCUCUAUAUGUAGGAGCCUGGCUGACCCGUCACUUAAUGGCCACUGAUUCUCAAACAUUGGACAUGUUGUCUUACAGAUUGCCUAUAUUCUCUCUCUGGGCUGUUUGGCCUCGAGGCUAAAGUGCGCGUGUGUGUUUUGUAAAGCUUAAUUGGGUGUUCUUUUGUAAUAUUGUUGUCUUGGGAGGAGUGCUUCUGUGCUGCCAUGAGAUUUUUACAUCUGUGUACAUAAAUAUGAUGCUGAUGACUGAUGCUCAAAAGCAUGGCACCUAACUUCUGUAAAAACGUGUUUGACUGUCAUAACGGAGGAUUGUGGCGUUGAAAUGGACAUUGGAGAUUUUUCAGCUCUUGCCAGGUGCAUCAUGUUUUAAAUUAGCUUUACUCUGGUUUGUCUCAACUUUAUAAAGGAAGCCAUAAAAACUCCUGUGGAAACGGGGAAAUUAUCUAAACAUUUCAGACUGAUUUCAGCUUCUUUUUUCUUUUUUGAGACUGUCUCACAUUUUACAUCUGUAUUCACAUUACAGAUGUAGCGGAUCAUAACUUGCUUAUUGCUGCAUUUUGGUUUCUUUUGUUACAAUGUCCUGUUUUACAAUGUGUGUAAAUAUAUAUUGAUAAUGUAUGAAGAAGACUACAUAUAUAUUUUUCUUGUCUGAUUAAUUUUACUGUUCCUAUUUUGUGAAUGAAGUACAUGCCUCCACACAAUUAAUGUGAAGAUAACAAUAAAUGUUUUUUUUAAGCCUCCA